AUGCUCGAAUCUUUAAAAUCCGAGAAUGAAAUUCUUCACGCUGAUCACGAAGACUUGAUUUCCAAGUUCCAAUCUUCGGAACGAGAAUGGCUUCAGCGCUAUCAUAACCUGACCGAGGAGUUGCGAACUCAGCAGAGACUUCAGCUCCAAACUGAAAGCAAUCGCGAAAGGACUGAAGACGAGUCCUCGCUGGUUGAAAAUGCACAGAAAUAUGAAAUAUCCGAGCUUCAAAAGCAUCUUUCUGAGGCCCAGUCAAGAAUUGCUCUUCUAGAAACGGAGCUUAAUGCUACUUCUUGCAGAGAAGUCAUCACUGUAGGAACAGCAACGGAUCCUUCCAUGGGUGAUGCUCAAGAAUUCGAGGCAAGAUCUCAUUUUUCACCGACUCCUCCGCCACGAACCAGGUCCAUUUUGAACACUGAUUCGUCAAAACGCCUUUCAGAAUUAAUUACCUCACCAAAGGUUCAGGAAUACACUGAACUCCUGCGGCGAUACAAUGCUGCCCGACUGAUUAUUGAGGAUCUGAUGAACAAAAAUGUCUCAUUGAACAAGGAACUAAGCACCUGUAAGCAGGACCUGACAGGCUGCCAGUCAAAACUGGCUGACCUGUCAGAGCAGCUGCAAACGGAGAGGGCACUACAUGCUGAGAACUUGGAGGAGUACAGGAAGGAGGUGCAGGGCCUUCAAGACCGCAUAUCUGAUCUUCUUGGAGAUCGAGAUCGAUGUGAGGCACUGACCACCGAAUUAAACCACCUUAAGGAGAACGAAGCAAGGUUGAAGCGUGAACACGCACGCCAACUCCAAAAUCUGGAUAAGAUGCUUCAGGAACGUGACAUAGCUGUUUACGAUUUGAUGACUGGCCGGACUGCGACACCAGAACAGAUCAAUGACAAAGUUAUACCAGAAGAGGUAAAUUCUGCCACUCAGUGCAUUCUCCUGUCUCUUAGAUUUGUGUUCAUUCUGGCAGUCGAGGAGACAAUUUGUGCAGAAGAACCUGCAUCUGAGAUCGAAGACCCCGUUCAAAAUGUCGUCGAUCCCCUCCACAUUUCCGGGGGCAUUCUUGAUAAGACCAUCCAGGAGUUGCAGGUAGCUCUGAAGCGCUUACAAUCAGAAAUCUCAGUGAUGGAGACAUCAGAGCUCUGUUCUAUGCCGAGGGGUGACGAGGGUGGGUGCGUCACCACAGCCGCCUUUCACUCUGUGGAUAGGCUGAAAGAAGUCCGUCUCAUCAUUCAAAGUCUCCUCAGUCACUUUGACAGCAUUCGAGCUAUGAAGCUAUCUCUCAGUAGAACGAUUAAUAGAAGUCUUCUGGUAAAUGCCUCUGUGGAGGUGGGUUGUGAUCUUCGACAAAUCCAUUCGGCAGUUCUGCCUCUUCAAGUCGGAGAUGAGGAAGAUGAUGAGAAUGUCUUAACCCUUUCUCACUCUACUUUUGUUGUGACAACCAUUGAUCACUUGAAGAAUGGUGGUGACGCAAUGGCAACGGAGAAGGACGCAGAGGCCACUUUCGACAUCUCUUGUGAAGAUGUCAAAUCUUUAGACGUCUCUGCCAUUGAGGCCCAAAAUCGAGUCUUCUUUGACCGUGUCACGUUGGCGGUAGCGAAGAUCCAAGACGCCGUUGAAGACUUUUCAUUUCGAGCUGCCACAGAAGUGCUCACGGCUUUGGCUUCACAACCAGUCGAGGAUGUCAAAGGAGAUGGCGACGGUGAAGAUGUCGAAGACGACCACGAAGACAAUGUAGAAUACACGCAGACGCGGACGGAGACUGGAACUCGGACACCUUCAGUCUCAGCUGACACGCUGGCGAACAUCUCACGACCUCAUACAGGAUUCUCGGAAAUUGCUGAAGAAGAAGCCUUCCAAAAAGGUAUGCUAUCAAAAAAUUGUCAACUUCGUUGCCUAGAUCCGGCUAACGGAUUCCACGACAUCAAUUUCAACCUUAUCAACGAUCUCCUCACUCGCUUUUUCGACAUGAUGGCACACGUUCAGACCCUAGCAGUGGCUGAGAUCAACAGUUUGGGAAGAGUUUCUGCUUCGUCAGUGUCUUCUGCUUUUGGGACAGCAGAUGAUAACCAUAACGCGUUUGCGGAGUGGUCAAGCAAAGGUCGCGAGUGGCUUAAGCAAUUUAUUGCUGCUCUUCAGAAUGCCUCAAUGCUGCCUCUGAUACAAUCGAACUUGGAAGUGUUGGAAUGCGAAUUCAUCGACAACUUUCCUCACUUGAACAACACACAAAAAAAAAUAGGAAAACUGUUCCAAGAAAAGGACGCGCAAACCUCACGGACGGAUAGCACACUUCCUCAGGAGGAUUACGAAGCUCUGGCAGCGAAGUGCGACCGGCUGUCAGUGCUGAACGUGGAACUACAAAACGCGCAUAUCCUCCUGUCGGAAGAGUGGAGUGCGGCACGUCGACAAUACGAAGCAACCCUUGCCGACCUCCGCGCCACCUGUGAUGAGCUGCGCAGCGAAUUGGAGCGCUCCGAGGACACUGCCCGCGAGCGCAACAGGCGGAUCGACGAAUUAGAGGUUGACACGCGCGUUUUCUACCUACCUCGCAAGCUGUUUGGAAUAUCUAAGACUGUGGAAGUGCCUGUUGUUUUCAUCAAGGAUCGCCUCACAGAAGCCAACACUCACGCUGCUAAUCUGUUGGAAGAGUUGGAUCAAACCAGGGUGACAAUCAUGAACCUUCGAGAGCGCCUAGAACAGGCGGACAAUGAGGUCACGCGUCACCGGUGCGAGUUGGAACAGUUCAUGGUUCGGGCGCAAAGCGUCACAAAAGUCGAUGGCACGGCUCCUCCCUCCCCUAUCGCUGUCUUUGACUGCCUGCUGGCCGGUUUGGAAGGCAGAAUCCAGUCGGCGGUGGAGGAGAGGAAGGAGGAAGAAGAAAAUAGAGUUCAACAUCUCACGAGCUCUUUUGAGGUCAAGGUCAACGGUUUGGAAGAGGAGAUGCAGAAGCAAGUUGAGAUGCUCUAUAUGGAUGGAAAUGCCCAUUUCCCAGAUGAAGAACGUUGUGAAACUCUGGCCUUCCGAGAGCAGGAGCUCAACGCUGAAUUGGAGACAAAGGAGGCCGAGCUGGAGCAUCUUCGUCAAGACUACCAGACGCUGCAAGCCGAGGUGGACAUUCUUCGUUGUCGAGCGAUGAAUGCGGAACGCGCGAUUAGUGAGGAGUUGGCUGAGAAGGCACGUAAGUAUCCCGAACUCAAGGCCAUCGCCAUGGAUCUCAAAUCUCGACUGUUUAAACGUGCUGAGUUGCUGGAACACUCGCUAAACGAGGCAAAGCGUCUGCGUCGAAUCAUUCGGGAGAAUGAUGCACGAGCGAAGGAGUUUUUGGAGGAAUUGGAACGACUUCGUAUGCAGAUUCUGGCGAAGAACUCGUCUAUUCGUCAGCUGGAGAGGCUGGCUCAGCAAUGCUCCGGUGGAAGGGUGAAGCCUUCUCCCUCUGGAAGGAAAUCUGAACCAGACCUUCCGAAGUCCCCCUCCUCUGAAUGCCUCGGACAGUCACCUCGGCAAGCCUCGCCGCAAGUCACAACCCCAUCCACAAGAACAAACGUCAGUGGCGGAGAGGAGGAGCUUGACAGCCUCUGUUCGGUCACACGACGUUCCUUCCUCGUCGACUCCACUCACAAGUCGACCAACACCUCUAAAACCGCCUCCACCAAAGCCCCCAGCGCCAUCACCGUUCCAGUGGCAGUGAUAGCGAGAGAGGACGAGGCGGUUCGAACUGUCUCCUCAGGGCUCGUUUAUUCUGCGCAUCAGUACGUUGGAGCCUCGCGUCCUCUGCUGUUGGAGCCCUGUGGUGUAGAACCACUCCGCCGUCACCCCUCUUCCACGACAGCAGGUGAGACUAUUUCCAUUGUCGAUGUCGAUCACGACGAAGAGUUGGACGGCUCGGUGGGGGGGAUGGCGCAGAGCUUCGACAGCAAGGAGGAGGCCUCACUCGCCAUCACCAGUUCAAAUGCAUGUUUGUUGGUGUGUUCGGGCGUUUGUCGGCGUGUAAAUAAUUCAGUGUGCGGAAAUUAUGUCGCAGAUGGCGUUAGGAUGAGCAUAGUUCAGAGUUCUGCCAUUCAAUGCGGUCCGGUUUUCCUAAAAGCUGCCAUAGCCUGGGUCUCUGGUGACUUGACCAACACCCAGAUCUUCUGUCUUCAAUGUCUCGAGGGUCUGCGCUACAAUCCUACUUUCCCACAUUUGGCUGCCUGUCUCUACUUCGUGAGUCGUUCAUUCUCCUUUUUAUCCCCUUCUAUCUCUACCCUUUUGAAAGAUAAGGAGCGUGUUUCCUAA